GAGGAACACAGCCUUAGUCAGGAGGGAGAGCAUAUUGAAGGACUGAUGUUCCCAGUGACUGGUGUCCCUGUGAAGAGUGAAGAUGAUGAGGUGAAAGGUGAAAGUGAGGAGAGGGGAGGGGGGGAGCCUCCAAGCAGCAGCUCAACACAACACAUGACAACAGAAGCUGAUGGAGACCACUGUGGAGGAUCACAAGCAGACAAGCUCUUAGCUCCACUAUCAGAUAGUGAGGACACAACGUCACACUCUCCUGACACUGAUGAUGAAGACUCUAAAGAUGAUAAGACAUGUCACACUGACAACACUCACUUCACAUCUUCUCACUCUCACAAAACUUUUAAAUACCAAAGUCGUCUGAAAAGACACAUGAGAAAACACACUGGGGAAAAACCUUUUUCAUGUUCAAUCUGUAGUAAAGGUUUUGCAAAAAGUCGAUAUUUGAAAGAACAUAUGAGAACACACACUGGUGAAAAACCUUUUAUUUGUUCAAUCUGUCGCUUAUCUUUCGCAAGGAAGGGAUAUUUGAAAGUGCACAGGAGAACACACACUGGUGAAAAACCUUUUUCCUGUUCAAUCUGUGGUAAAGGUUUUACACAAAGUCUGAGUUUGAAAAGACACAUGAGAACACACACUGGUGAAAAAUCUUUUUCCUGUUCAAUCCGUGGUAAAGGUUUUACACAUAGUACAGAUGUGAAAGUACGCAUGAAAACACACACUGGUGAAAAAUCACAUUCCUGUUCAAUCUGCAACAGAAGCUUUAGUCGACAAUCAACCCUUGUAAGACACAUGAGAACACACACUGGUGAAAAACCUUUUUCCUGUUCAAUCUGUGGUAAAGGUUUUACACAAAGUCUGAGUUUGAAAAGACACAUGAGAACACACACUGGUGAAAAACCUUUUUCCUGUUCAAUCUGCAACAGAAGCUUUUGUGACCGAUCAAGCCUUGUAGCACACAUGAGAAGACACCCAGGAGAGAAAGUGUUGAGUUGCAGUGUGUGUGGUGAAAGAUUGUCUUCUAAGUACCAGUGUAAGAAACACAAGUGUGCUGGUGAGAACAGCAGCAGCAAAUGAAACUGCAGGAUUUGAAAUAAACUGUCCAGACUUUCA